AUGAACACAACUUCUGCGUGUAGACUGGAGCAGUCUAGGACACGGUUCCUGAUUUUGAAUUACUCUCUGCUCUGUUUGACUUUCCUCAUCGGGACUGCGGCGAAUCUGCUCGUGUGUUGGGUCGCUUUCCGAGAUAAAAGCCUGCGCACUGGCAGCAACGCGCUGCUGGUGAACCUGGCCGCUGGAGAUCUGAUCAGAUGUUUAGUAGACUCUCCGGUGUUCUUGGCCUUGUUAGUUCUCAGAGAGAAGCGCGUGAGGAGCGGCUCGGUGCUGUGCCGCGUUCAGCAGCUCACUUAUUUACUGUGCAGCUGCGCUCAGUUACUCACACUGGCGACCAUCAGCGUGGAGAGAUCCCAGACCAUCGCGUCUCCGUUCAGCACCGACAAAAGGAAAGGACGGAUCCGGAUCUGGAUCCUGAUUAUUUGGAUCUUUGCACUUACAGUCGCCGUGUCCUCUCUGAUUCUGUCCGCAGAUCCCCUGUCCUACUCAACGUGCCGCCACCUGCACUCUUUCGACGCCUAUGUUUUGAUUCCCAUCUGGACCUUAUGUGUUAUUUUGAUAACUGUUAACUACUUGCGCAUCUUCGUCGUUGUGAAGCAGCACUCUAAUAAGAUCUUGGACUCGGGAGUGCAGCCGAGGUUGUGUGUAGUGACGCGCGUCUCAAGCGGCCGGCUGGCCCAGUCCAGUGCACUAGAGGCGGGGGGAUGUGAGGGGAACUACCCGCGCUCGGUCCCUGAGAUCGUGGGCGCUGUUUGUGUUCUCACCCCUAAAGCCAAAGCGCUGGGCAAAGCAAGAGUAGAGGGAAAGUUAGCCAAGAGGCUCGGCUACAUCAUCGCAAAUGUGGUCGUGUUCUGGAUGCCGCUGGUCCUCCUACUGACACUCAGACUGGUGCUGGAGUGCACAGAGUGCUGUAUUUGGGGAAUGUGGGAGCUGGAGACCUCGGCGACAGUAUUGACGUGUGUACCUGCUGCUGUGGACCCGCUCAUAUACACGCUGCUCCAUCGCCACUUCUGCACCGAGUUCCGCAAACUCUUCUGCACCAAUCAGAGCUGCUGAUAACUGAUUGACCAAUCAGGAGCCGGCUCUGUGAAGAAGAUGGAGCCUUGUUUGAUCUGUAUCAAAUCUACUAAUCUAAAACAUCUACUGGGAAAGAGAGUUUUAAUAUUCUGGGCUUGAAAUAGAAAUAUAUGGUUAGAAGGCAAAGCUUCUUAAUAACUAGACCAGAUUUUUGACUCCUUUUUGUGUUUUCAUUAAUGAC